ACAAUGGAUACUUCUGCCCACAUCACGCCUGUGGAUGAUGACGCCACUAGAACAUCUGCCUCCGAGGGCUUGGAGGAGGGCGAAGUGGAAGGGGAGACUCUCUUGCUGGUAGAGUCUGAAGAUCAGGCAUCUAUUGACUUGUCUCAUGAUCAAAGUGGUGACUCGCUGAACAGUGACAUUGGUGAUGACAUAGAGCCACCAUGGAUGGAGGAGAUGCCAUUUCAUUGUGAGAAAUGUCAAAAAUGGAUUCCAGCAAAUCAGCUGAGAGGCGAUCCCCCAAGUUAUCUGAAAGGAGACAAUUUCUUCAAACUCGCAUGUAACGACUGUUCGGAGGAUGGAAAAGAGCAGUUUGAGCGUUUACGGCUAACUUGGCAGCAGGUUGUCAUGUUGGCCAUGUACAACUUAUCCCUGGAGGGGUCUGGCCGCCAGGGCUACUUCAGAUGGAAAGAGGACAUCUGCUUAUUUAUAGAGAAGCACUGGACCUUCCUCCUGGGAAACAGGAAGAAGACCUCUACAUGGUGGAGCACGGUUGCAGGAUGUCUCUCUGUGGGCAGUCCGAUGUUCUUCAAAUCUGGAGCCCAGGACUUUGGAGAACCAGGGUGGUGGAAGCUUGUUCACAACAAACCUCCUGUUAUGAAACCUGAAGGAGACAAGUAUAUAUCUACUUCACAAAAAAUAAAAACUCCCAGUAAGUCUAGCUUGGACCCAGUGAUCACAGUAGAAGGACUCAGAAAGAGAUCUAGAGGGAACCCGGUUGAGUCUGCUAUAGAGCUAAAAGAAAAGAGAUCCCGUACCCAGGAGGCAAAAGACAUCAGGAGGGCCCAGAAAGAAGCCUCUGGAUUUGUGGAUCACAGCUCAUGUUCUACUCCAGUAAAAUUCUCCAGCAGUCGGAACCGUCGCCCAGAUAUUGUGCUUGAGAAAGGGGAAGUAAUAGACUUCUCCUCUAUGAGUUCAUCAGACCGGACGCCCAUGACCAGUCCUUCUCCAUCUCCUUCUUUGGAUUUCUCUGCUCCGGGUACACCAGCUUCUCACUCAGCAACACCAAGCCUACUCUCAGAGGCUGAUCUAAUUCCAGAUGUCAUGCCACCCCAAGCUUUAUUUCAUGAUGAUGAAGAGAUGGAUGUCGAUGGUGUCAUUGAUCCUGGAAUUGAAUACUUGCCUUCUCCCAACACCACCCACUCAACUCCUAUAUGUCAAAAGAAUUUCAAGUCGUCUGUGCAUGUGAAACAAGAAAUAGAGAGCGAAGAGGAGAAACUGGACCGGGUAGAGGGUGAACUGCAUAAGGGCCCAUCUGGGGAUAGAGCCCGCGACAAGAGACGUAUUCAACCCAUAGAGAAGGAUAAAAACAAAUCUUCUCAAUACCAUGCCAUCAGCCUUUAUGAAGAAAAGCUGCUCUUGAAACGCAUCGAGGCCUGUCCCAAUGCUGUAGCUGUGACGCCAGAAGCUAGACGGCUCAGGCGGAAGCUGCUUGUCCGUAAGGCCAAGCGUGAAAGAGGUUUGCCUCUCUUUGACUUGGAUCAAGCAGUGAAUGCAGCACUAAUGCUUGUUGGAGGGGUCUAUGGAGCCAGGGAAGGGUCCGUUUCUAGGCCAGUAUCCAAUCGGCCUGAAUACAAGGCAACAAGCAAGGAUCGGCAGAUCUUGGACAGAUAUCAGACUGCUGUGCCCACAACCAAAGGAGUCCGUCAGUCCGCUGUGCGUUUCUUGUAUCGGCUUGGAGCAGCUGAAGAUAAAGAGGCAGACCUCAGCAUAGUUAGUCCCUACACUGCUCGCAUUCUGAAGCCAUAUAUAAGACGUGACUAUGAGACCAGGCCAUGUAGACUGCACCUUUUGGCUCAGAUCAGGGCUUACACCCACAGAAAUGAUGCCGGCUGGGCACCAGGAAUGGAAGCUCCCAUCGACUACUGCUAUGUCCGUCCAGGCCACAUCCCCACAAUCAACUCCAUAUGCCAGGAAUUUUUCUGGCCAGGAAUUGAUGUUUCAGAGUGUUUGCAGUACCCGGAUUUCAGUGUGGUGGUCCUGUACAAAAAGGUUAUUAUUGCCUUUGGAUUCAUGGUGCCCGAUGUCAAAUACAAUGAGGCCUAUAUUUCAUUUCUGUUUGUACAUCCAGAAUGGAGGCGAGCUGGCAUAGCCACAUUUAUGAUCUACCAUCUAAUUCAGACCUGCAUGGGGAAAGACGUUACUCUCCACGUCUCUGCCAAUAAUCCAGCAAUGCUGCUUUACCAGAAGUUUGGAUUCAAGACCGAGGAGUACGUCCUGGAUUUUUAUGACAAGUACUUCCCAGUGGACAGCAAGGAAUGGAAACACGCUUUUUUCUUGCGGUUACGGAGGUGAUACCAUGGUGGACCAGGAGGCGAGAGAUGACUUUGUUUACUGAGAUUUAUACAGAAAUACAGAAUAUUUCUUGGAAGGACUAUUUUUUUUGUAGUAACAGUGAAAGGUCUGUGUGAUAGAAGUGGUGAGUCCUACAUGUGCAGUCCUCUCACGGAGAUUCCCUACAUGGACAGCAAGUCUUCUCUGCAGAUUGCGGAACAUGUUCUAUGUGUCUAUGAAUUGUUCAGUACAACAAGAAGAUUUAGUGUAGAUCUGUAGAGGAAAGGAAUAUUUGGAAACCAGUUAUGUAGAAUGAGGCUUUCAGUUAGGGGGCUCGAUGCUAAUACAACAUUGCAGUUCCAUUUCACACCUGAUUAUAAUUUUCCUGUAAGGGGCACAUCUGCCAUUCUCCUCCAAAACAACUCCCACCCACAAGUUUCUCAUUGGAACAGAUAUUUGUGCCACCAAUGAGGAUAGAAGGGGGGGAGGAGGGGCGGGCGCACUGCGCCACCAAUGAUGGGACUAU